CCAAUUCCAUGUGCCUUGCACACCACAGCACAUUUGCAGGCCUGUAUAAUAAUUAAUAAUAUCCGCAUCCCUCAACCAACGGAACAAUACAAACAAACCACAAACCUUAAAAAGACAACAGCAAAACUUCUAGAUAAUUACUUUCCAUUUCAUUUAUUUUUUUCUUCCACAUUAUUUUUCUCUUUGGAUUAAGAAGAAUCAACCUUGUUUCUACCGACCCAUCAGGAUAAAUUCUCAGAAACCAUCAAAACCACCAAAAACCUCUCCUUGUUCUCCAUGUUUAAGCCAUGAUCAAAACCACCAGCCUCUCCAGCAUCUCCACCAGCACCACUACAAAACCAUUCAUAUUAAGAAUCUUCAUUUUCUCUGUUGUUCUUUCUAUAACCAUUCUUUCUUUCCUCCUCUUCCUCCAAUCUCCUCAUCAUCUUCCGUAUAAAAAAACUAUCACCCCUCCUAACACAACCCCCACCCCCACCACAACCACAUAUUUCUCCUCUAGAAAAUCAUUCUCUCAGGACACCACAACGCCACCCACCACCUCCACCACCAACGAAAACAACAAGCAGAACAACGAGGACAUCAUCGACACCACCACCACCACCAACGACAACAAUAACAAAAAUGGUGCAGCUAACGACGUGGAAGGCCUUCGAAUACGACCAGGGUACGAAUCCUACGAAAAAUACGUACAACGACAACUCGAUAAAACCUUAAACCCAAAACUUAGAAAGGUAUGGAUAACCAGAGACUGGGAUCGCAAAGUGAACGUUUUCUCAAAAUUCUUCUCAGAUUUGAUAGGAGAAAAGCUUCUUUCAAACGAUUCAAAAGCUUUGUGUAUCGGUGCCCGAGUUGGGCAAGAAGUUGCUGCAUUAAAACGAGUUGGUGUUCCUAACUCGGUGGGUAUUGAUUUAGUGCCUUACCCUCCAUUAGUAAUGAAAGGAGAUUUUCAUGAUCAACCGUUCGAUAACAAUACGUUCGAUUUCGAAUUCUCCAAUGUGUUUGAUCAUGCACUGUAUCCAUCUAAAUUUGUCAGAGAAAUUGAACGUACGUUGAAGCCUGGCGGUAUUUGUGUUUUGCAUGUCGCGGUAUCGCGGCGGGCUGAUAAAUAUUCUGCGAAUGAUUUGUUCAGUGUGGCUCCUUUGAUGAAAUUGUUUGAAGAAUCUGAAGUGGUACGGGUGAAAAAUGUUGAUGGGUUUGGUUUGGAUACUGAGGUUGUUUUCAGGAAAAAGAUCAAGAGCCAGUGGCCUUGAUUUUGUAUGCGCUAAGUUUGUUCUUCAUUUUGAAUUUAUUUUUAUAAUUGUGGAUUUGUUGCCGGAUUUUUCAAGAUACAAGCGAUAGCCGAUGCUGUUUUCUGACGGAGAAAGCAAUUUUAAUGGGCAAAAGCGAGAAGUCGAGCAGUGCUUCUAGCACGUCGAAUGACAAAAGAAAGGGACUAUUUUGUUGUCCUUGGAGGAUCUGCCAUCAGUGAGCAGCCGAAAAUACGCGUACAUUCUUUAAUACGCCAGCCUCCAUUUUUUUUGUUUUCCAUUGUUGUUAUUUUCUUGCAGUUUUUGUAUUUUGAUUUUGAUUUGGUGAUAUUCCAAUUAAUAGACACAGUGAUACAUAAAGAAACAUGCGAUGGUGGUAUACAAGGAACUAGAUAGUCUAUGAAUGGAAGACAAUUUGAUAACACAAUUCUUACUAAUUUUGUAAAGAUUUUUGCCGAAAUUUUGAGUUAAAUUUUGAUUGUUCUUACAGUACAA